CUGACACCUUUCUCUCGCUGAUAGUCGCCCCGCGUGUAGCGGCGUGGCACAAAGGAUGGUGAUCUGUUGGCGGCUGUUUUAUUUUGUAGGUGUCCUGUAACUUGAUGAGUUUUGACCUGUGUCCUGUCACUCGUGUGUUUAGUCAGUGUCCAGCCUUCUUUGUUUUCUUGGACCUUACCUGUCUCAUGAACUUUGGUUCUUCAAGGAUUUCUUUGCAUGUUUGGACUGCUUUUGUACCGGCCUGAGAACCUUUUCUCCCAGUCUUUGAGAUGGAGCAGCUUAGUUACACCGGACAACUUCUGAUGAAGUUGAACCAGCAACGAUCCAAAGGACACUUGUGUGACGUGAUCAUCAUGGUGGAAAACGUUCUCUUCCGAGCCCACAAGAACGUCCUGGCAGCCUGCAGCAGCUACUUUAAAUGCCUUGUGCUGCGCGACAACCUCAUCACGCUGAACACGAAGAUGGUGAAGCCCUCUGUGUUCAAAGAGGUGCUGGACUUCAUCUACACAGGUCAGCUGGCUACCGUUCACCACGCGAGUAACUUGGGUGUGUCCGCACUCCUCAGAGCUGCUUCCUACCUUCAGCUGUCAGACUUAGCAGCUCUCUGUCGCAGGAUACUUUGCAAACCCUGCAGCUCUUCCUUGACCACCAACGGCCACCUCCACCAUCGCUCUGGGAGUAUGGAGGUCAAAAACUCAACUCAAGAUGGACUCCAAGCGUUGGAUCUGUCCAAGGAGGAGCUUCUUACUGCACAAUGUGGGUCUGUCAACCCAUCAGCAGCAGUGAAGAUCAAUGAAAGUGAAGGAAAGGGGGUCAGCGAAGAGCUGGCAAGAAGCAGUAAUUCAUCUGAUGAUGUUCCCAUUAACUCCACCUCAACUUCCUAUUACCCAAGACUAGAGCGUGGCGGGCCGUGGGUCCACAAGAGGUUCCGAUGCAUCAAGAGACAGGAAGUCAAAGAAGGGGAAAAGAUGUUGUCAGAGCUGGAGGUCCAAGCCGAAGUUGGACAGGAAGAUUCGGCUCCAAAGAACAUCUUUCAGCCUGCUUUGCCCGACACUCUGCAUCUGUGCGUUCCUUGCGGGAAAGCCUUCCCGAGCUCUGAGCAGUUCAUCGCUCAUGUCAGCUCGCACACGGCCGAAGAGCUGAGAACCAAAGCUGAGGACGCAGACGAGGGAAGCUUCAUCAAGACUGAAGAUCAGCUGCCACCACAGUCCCUGAAAGAAAACACAAAACCAGACGUGACGCCACAUUGUUACGUGUGCUCGGUGUGCAGUAAGAGCUACAUGGACGUGGUUCUGCUGAGGCAGCACGAGAGGAUCCACCUGCUGAGCAGGCCUUUCUCCUGCAACAUCUGCGGGCAGCUGUUCACGCAGAGGGGCACCAUGACGCGGCACAUGCGCAGCCACCUCGGGGUCAAACCGUUCGCGUGCGAGGUGUGCGGCAUGCGCUUCACGCGGCAGUACCGCAAGAUGGAGCACAUGCGGGUUCACUCAGGGGAGAAGCCGUACGAGUGUCACCUCUGCGGGGUGAAGUUCUCCCAGCAACGGAGCAUCAUCAGCCACUUGAAGAUGCACACAGUGAUCUGAAGAUAUAGCUCAAACCAGACAAACUUUAGUGCAAUUUAUACCUCAUUUUAUACACUAAUAACUCAUAAAUGAUAAAACUUUAUAUGAUCCAGUGAGUGUAAGUAUAGGAUAAAGUAAUUAACUGACAGAACAGGGAGAAUAGUUUUUCGAAGGUUGGAUUUGAGCACUAAAAAUGUGACAAUUUAUUUAAUCUUGUGAUUUUUCUGUUACAAAAUCACAUGAAAUAGUUCAAACUAAUAAAAACUUUGAGCCUUUACCACAAACUUGAGCACGGUAUCCAAGACUCUGGACAUGGAGACUCUUUAUCUGGGGCACUGAGCUGCUGCAGGACUGUUUUCUGCUGGUUAGGCCUCUCCCGCCUCGUCUUGCAGCCUUAAUAAGCUGAAUCAUCUCGGGACGACGUCCUCUUGGCCUCCUCCUGGAAGGCUCUUUGGUUUGGUUGUUGAUCGUGUUUAGCUUUGGUUCACGUAGGUUAAGUUAGCACAUGCACUCACUACUGAUACUGACAUAACACAAUGUUUGGCUCAGUUAAACUUUGAUGAGAGGUACCGGGUUCAAAUCCCAGACAAUUGAAGAACCUAAGAAAGAGGGAGGACCGCACAUGAAGAGUUUAAAUGAACCAAAAAUGAUUUAUUAAAAUGAGAAUAAGUCGUAAUAAAAGUGAUAUUUAUGAAAAUGAAAGUACACAAAUAUAAGUUGCAAUACUACAGUGUAAUAAUAGUGUGCAUGCUGCGUGAUAAACAGUUUUCCUAUUAUUCAUAAUAAACUCUAAAUAUUGUUGUAUUUAUAUCUCGUUUGGCUUUUGUUUUGUUUUUGGAUGUGAGGUGUGUUUGUGUUUAAGUCUGUUUAUAGACAAUAUGUGAGAUAUUUACUGUUUAAAUCACUUAAUAACUGUGUUACGUCAUUAGAGAUUAAGGAAAUAUGAGUUUCUUAACAACACUACAGCCAAUGUGUUUCUUUUUUUGCUUGUGUUUUUGCGUCCUGUGCCCAUGUCGAGAUGUCGAAGCAGUCAAACAAAGUAGAUCAAUGGAGUGACAUUUCUACCCAACCUAAAAAGCUCCACAAGUUGUUAAAACACGAGUAAAUAUUGGAGAUAAUCUGAGACAGUUUACAGUCUGUUCAAUCUGCGGUACCAAUUUUUAGGCACUAGAUGUCACUGUUACACCCAAACUCACAUAUUGUUCCUUUAAAUAUAACGAUGACAGUAAACGUGGAGACCAAACAAUAAAGAUUACAGUUAAACGAACAAAUAAAUCAGCAGUCUGAUGAAAUGUACACACAUUUAAUCUGGAAAUAAGAAGUUUUUUACACAUUAUCAGAAUAAAACAGAUGAGACCUUAAUCUGAACCGGCAAUGAUACACACACUCACACACACACAGUAUAACACACUGAUAAACACUUGUGGUUCACAGAUAACGGUGGACGUUAAGGGAUAACUGACAUUUAAUCCACUACAUUAAAAAAAGGCUCUGUAAAUACUCAAAGUUCAUCCCUCUGUGAUGCAAAGACAGCAGCUGCGACAUAAAACACUCCUCACAAGGACUGAAGGAAUUAUAGCAUUUCAUUGAACACAACACACAAGUACUGUAUCGACAUCCAUGAAUAUAUUGCAUAAGUCUUUUUUUCUGUCAAGUAUUACUACAGUUGUGUUUCUACCGAGGGUAGGAGAAAUGGCUUUUUAGGUUUAUUCAUCGUCUGCAUCAGUAACAGUAAGAUCAUCCGACACGACCUGAACCCGACAGGAUCGCUACGACUCACACGGGAAUGUUUCCAAACAGGGUCACAGGUGCUACAAAGGGUAUGCAAACAUGUAGAACAACCUGUAAUCGGACACGUUUUAUUGAGACAGGACAAACAAAAUAUUUGAGACAAACAUGCUGUGACGUAGAGCUGACCAGACUUUCCUGACAGCUCUUUAUUAUCGGACUUUUCCCACUACAGGAACCAGAACAGCUUUUUAUUUUAUUUAUUCAUUUGCACUGUUCUCCAACCUGGAGCUGCUCGGUACCAGGAAACAACCCAGAACCAAGUAACCCAAGCGUUCCAUCAUUUUGGUACCCACAUCUAGAAAAAGUUGAAGUUUGCUUGGCUUUGAUCGCAACACAACCGUUCUUUGACCACAGCUAUGACAGUCCGUGGUCAAGUUGAACGCCGUGCACAUGAUGGUAUUAAUAAGUAUUGACUGAAGUACUUUAAUCUGUAUCACUCUAAAAAGGUACUCGUAUUGGUACUUGUUUAAUAAUACCCUGCCGUACUGCUCAGGAAAGUUUUAGGUACUCUCAGGCGGAAAGACGGCAACAACGUGUCUGCGACGGGGAGAUUAUUAAAAAAGGGGAACGCCCUCGAUUUUAUAUCAAAGUCUGUUUACGUGCAAAGAGUUGUUGUUUCAGAGAGCGGCUUGAUAAAUCGCCUCGAAUGAAACAAAGUUCACAGACUUGUGUAGCUGCUACUCGUCUGUACUGACAACAAACUGUCAUUUGUCCGUGUAAAACUGUUGGUUGUUUGCAGCGUUGGGGAGCACACUACGGGUUUAACCACAUUUAAGAAAAUAAAUGUAAUACUCAAAUACUUUAAUACUCAAAACAGAUCAGGAUUUAGGUUUUAUUAAGUUUUAUGGGCGUUCUACUGGAUUAGUUCUGUUCUUUUGUUACAUUGAAGUCAGAAAUAAACACCCAGUGUCGUUUAGACAGUUUUUUAAAAAGGAAAAGGGAAAGUUUCCUCUGUUUGUAAAACACAAAAUAUCACAAACACUGGAAACAAAUAUGAAAACAUUGAUAUAUAACUAACUCCAGCAUCCAUCCAACAAUCGUUAAAAAA